CAUCCAAACUCAUCCCACUUCAAAUACCCAUUUCCUCCCACAACCUCUUUACCAAGAAAUAGUGAUAAUCACCAAGAUGGCGAGUAGCACAAGCACUGGUGCAGCAGCAGGAAAGAGUUCAUGGCCAGAGCUGGUGGGGACUAAAGGAGAGGAGGCAGUAGCCACUAUAAUGAAAGAAAAUCCAUCGCUCAAAGCCCACACAAUAAAUCAAGGGUCCUUCAUCACCAUGGAUUUCCGUCGCGACAGGGUUCGUGUCUGGAUUGAUGAGCAAGGUGUUGUCACUGCAGCGCCUAAGAUAGCGUAGGCAAGGAUAUUAAUUUCAAACUGGAUUUGUGUGUCUUUGCUAAAAAGUAUGGAUAUAUAUUGUGUUUUUUUUUAAAUUGCGUCUUGUAUGAUAUUGAAUAUUACACCUUC